AUGGAUAGGGUUAGAAGAAAGCUUAAGUUUGACUAUAUAUUUUGCGUGGAACCCCGGGGCUUGUCCGGCGGUCUAAGGUAUUUUCGUGUAUGGGAAUCUAGUUUUUCAAAAGCGAAGGAGACUAUGGCAGGAGCUUACGAUAUUGAUCUUAAAGGCAGUAAGUACACAUGGUUUAGUAAUCCAAGAAAUAAUGUUAUCACUAGGAAAAGACUAGAUAGAGUCGGCGAGUUCGAACAAAAAAAGAUUUCAGGUUCGAGGCCUAUUGAGCAGAACAUGAGGAGUGUAAAGAGGUCAUCCAAAGGAGCUGGAAAUGGGAAGAUGAGAAGAAUUAGGAAUAGAAUUGACAAAUUGAGAAAUGAGACAGGACAGUGGAUUAUAGGGGAAGCAAAUAUCAUGAGAUUGGUAGAAAGACAUUUCACUAAGCUGUUUACGUCGGAAGGAAAUAGGAACCUGGAGGAGUGUGUAACAGAAAUUCCUAAGAGAGUCACAAGAGAGAUGAAUGAGGAGUUAAUGGCGAACAUCACUGAUGAGGAAAUAAAGGAAGCGGUGUUUAGCAUGGGAGGCUUAAAAGCUCUAGGCCCAAAUAGACUAAAUGGAUUAUUUUUUCAACAACACUGGGAUAUUUUGAGUAAAGAAGUGUGUGGAGUAGUCAAACAGAUUUUUAGGGAAGGCAGCGUACCGGAGGACUUGGGAGAAACAACUGUUGUAUUGAUUCCUAAAACGAGUCAACCGAAAAGCCUGAAUCAACUUAGACCCAUAAGCUGUUGCAACUUCGUGUACAAGAUAGUGACGAGGGUCUUGGUGGGGAGGUUAAGGAGAGUUUUAGAUGCUAUUAUAUCUCCAGUCCAAAGUGCCUUUGUAAAAGGAAGACUUAUACAGGACAAUAUAGUAAUUGUGCAGGAAGCUUUUCAUAAGUUAAACCAAAAAGAAAAUCAUGAAAGCAAUGACAUAGCCAUCAAAUUGGAUAUGAACAAGGCAUAUGACAGGCUGGAAUGGAAUUUUCUACAAAGGGUAAUGGAAAAGUUUGGUUUUAGCAAAGAUUGGGUCAGAUUGAUGAUGAGUUGUGUGAAGAGUGCAAGUUAUAGAUUCAAAAUAAAUGGCAACCUAUCAACCAAGAUCAUUCCACAGAGAGGUCUCAGACAGGGAGAUUUCCUAUCGCGCUAUUUAUUUAUUUUGGCUGCUGAGAGUUUUACUAUUCUCAUGGAUAAGGCGAGGAAGGAAAAUCUUAUAUCUGGAAUUAGGCUUGCUCCAACAGCACCGGUAUCAAUACAAAGGAGGGUGAACAUUGAGGAGAUCACUGGAAUGGCAUCAUGGGAUGAUCCGGAAAGAUAUCUAGGGCUACCAGCAAGAUGGGGAAGAUCCAAGAAUAAGGCAUUAGAGUGGAUACAGGAGAAGAUGCUGGACAAGAUGCAAGGAUGGAAAGAGAAGCUAUUAAAUCAAGUCAGAAAGGAGGUUUUGAUAAAAGCAGUAAUACAGGCGAUUCCUGUCUAUGCUAUGAAUAUCAUUAAAUUCUCUAAAUCCUUUUGUAAGAGAAUUGAAGCACCAAUAGCCAGAUUUUGGUGGAGAAGCAAUGGUAAGGAAAGAAGCAUCCACUGGAAGAGUUGGGUUAAAAUGACAAGGAGCAAAAUAAAUGGAGGUUUGGGAUUCAAGGAUUUAGAAUGCCAGAACAUAGCACACCUAGGUAAACAAGCUUGGAGGUUGUUAAAAGAGGAGGAUGUUAUAUGGGUUCGGACUCUGAAGGCCAUUUAUUACCCGAAUUACAGCCUAUGGGAGGCAGGAGUAGGUAGGAACGCUUCAUGGAUAUGGAAGAGCUUGCUAGAAGGAAGGGAUUUCCUUAGAAGGAAAGGAAGUUGGAGUAUAGGGAAUGGAGCAGAGGUAGAUAUUUGGGAAGACAAUUGGGCGGUAGGGAUAGGAAAAUUGGGAAGAGGCAGAACAGGAGGUAUUAGAAAAGUGAGUGAGCUGAUUAGAGAAGGGGAGGGUUGGGAUAGGAACAAGAUUAAAGAAAUAUUUCAUGGAAGCGUAGCUAAACUAAUAACUAAGACUCCUAUUAGCCUGAUCAACAAGAAGGAUCACUUUGUUUGGCAGCACAGAAAGGAUGGACAGUACACUGUGAGAACCGGUUAUCAUGUCGCUAAGGAGGAGAAGGAUUCGAAGGAAGAGGGAAGAAUCUGCAAGGUUUCGACUAGUCAGGAUUAG